CCCUCGCUGCUGCGGCACGGCCGCCUGGGCGCCGCCGACGUGCUGCACCUCCACCUCGUCACCGAGGGCGCCAGCCGCGACAUCGGCCUGGGGCUGCUGCGGGACCUGCUGCGCGGCGCCGCCUUCCGCCACCAGGUAAUAGUCCAUGAUGUGAAUGAGCUGACAGAAAAGCUGUUUCCCAUCGUUGAGGCCAUGCAGAAGCACUUCAGCGCUGGAUCAGGGACCUACUACAGCGACUCCAUCUUCUUCCUGUCAGUUGCAAUGCAUCGCAUCAUGCCCAAAGAAAUAACACGGAUCAUCCAGGUAGACUUGGACCUGAAGUACAAGAGCAACAUCCGAGACCUUUUUGAUGAGUUUGACAACUUUCCAGAGGGAGCAGUCAUUGGGAUUGCCAGGGAAAUGCAACCAGUGUACAGGCACACCUUCUGGCAGUAUCGCCGUGAGAACCCCCAAACCAAAGUGGGGGAGCCCCCUCCUGAUGGGCUGCCAGGCUUCAACAGUGGUGUCCUGCUCCUGAACCUGGAAGCCAUGAGGCAGUCCAAGCUCUACAACCAGCUGCUGGAGCCCACCAUGGUGCAGAAGCUGACAGAGAAGUACCACUUCAAGGGCCACCUUGGGGACCAGGAUUUCUUCACUAUGGUGGGGAUGGAGCAUCCAGAGCUUUUCCAUGUGCUUGACUGCACGUGGAACCGGCAGCUUUGCACAUGGUGGAGGGACCAUGGAUAUGGUGAUGUGUUUGACCAGUACUUCCAGUGUGAGGGGGAGGUCAGAAUUUACCAUGGGAACUGCAACACCCCAAUCCCUGAAGACUAAGGCACCCACUGCCCCAAGGGACAGCUCUGACUGCAGCAAGACCUGCAAAGCCAUAGUGGCUGCAC